GUCGAGUGUCAAUGUCACGUCAAAUGUCAUUCGAAAUGUCAACAUAUAAAAUUUUCAAAUUUGUGUGAACAGCAGAUAUUAAUCAUGUUCCAGCUACGAUAAGUGUUGAGAGGUUCAAAGUUUUUAAUCCGUGACGAUGUUCGAUGGAAAGAAAUUGUAUCAGUCGUUGAGUCUGUUAGGAUCGUUGAGUCUUGCCUUCACCAUACCGUGGAUUGUCUUUAAAGUUUGUCGAGCUAUACACUUGAAGCGUAACUACAAUGCCCUUUUAGGAAAGGUUGUUUUGAUCACAGGAGCCAGUUCUGGGUUGGGUGAAGCCCUAGCUCACGAAUUUUACAAACAGGGCUGUCAAGUGGUCUUAUGUGCUCGUCGUCGUCAAGAACUGGAGCGCGUCCGGACGGAACUACUCCAAACGCACCCCACCGUGCCCACCAUACCCCCCAUUGUGCACCCGCUAGAUUUAAGCGACAUCAACACCCUCCCAUCUCACGUAGAUAAGAUUUUAGCAGUCACUGGAAAAAUCGACAUUCUGAUAAACAAUGGAGGCAUCUCGCAUCGGGGUUCAGUGCUUGCGACGCAGCCAGACGUGGAUAUCAAGAUUAUGCUGACUAAUUAUUUUGGAAGCGCUGCCUUGACCAAAGCGGUAUUACCAUCAAUGAUAAAAAACAAGUCGGGACAUGUGGUUUUCAUUAGUUCGAUACAAGGUCUAAUGGCAUUGCCUGAGCGCUCCGCUUACUCGGCGUCCAAACACGCUAUGCAGGCUUUCAGUGACAGUUUGAGGGCUGAAGUGGCCGUUCACAAUAUUUCAGUCACUGUAGUCAGUGCUGGGUACAUUAAAACGGAGCUCUCGCGCAAUGCUUUAACAGGAAGUGGAGGCAAGCAUGGGGAGAUGGAUGCCGCGACUGAAUCGGGCUACGCCCCAGGCUAUGUAGCGACUGAAGUUGGAAGGGCCGUCGUUCAAAAGAAGAAGGAAAUCCUCAUUUCCACCCUAGUACCUAGAAUAGGGGUAUUUCUUAGAAAGUACUUACCCUCAGUGUACUUUUAUGUAAUGGAAAAACGAGCACAAAAACACUCCUUCUAAUCUGUGUUUUUUUUAUUUAAACAUCACAUCUAUUUACAUGUAACAGAUCGAAAACACUACCUCCGGGAAGACGGACCGUGUUUGUACUAAACUCGAUGUAACUUGGAAUUAAAAAUCAUUAAAAACUACAGAAUAAUUUACCUAUCGCA